CUUCCUCGAAAGGGGUGUUGGUGGGGGGGCGACACUUUCGCGUAUAAAACCCAUCGAGUAAAACUUUUCUCCUACCCUCCUCCUUUCUUUUCCACUUUUAAGUGGAUUUGACUGUUUAUUGCCAGACUCGAGGACAAUAGCGGCCAGUCGGUGGACUUGGCACCUUUGUCAACACCGCCAUUAGUCUCCCUUUACAUUCGCUGAUGGGUGAUUUACAUUAGCAUCUUUUUUUUUUUUUUUUUUACUGCUGUUUGCCAUGAGGUUAAGUGAGGAGGAAGAGGAAGGGGGUGCGCUGUAAAGAUAUAAAUAAGUGCCCUCCGCAGUAUUCACUAUUCACUUCAUAAGUCACUUUUUAGGGCUUGAGAGAUGCUCGCGCUUGUGCUUCUGGUCGCUUCGGCGUGUACGGCGGUCCGGGCGCGGCCAUCGGUCAAUUACCUGGAGGAGCCCGACGCAACCGAGUCCACCCGAGCCCGGCCGGAGGAGGUCCGCUCGGACGCCAUCAAGCGGCUCCUGGCGGUGUUCGGCAUGGACGACCCGCCCGCGGGCGUCACGCACGGACGCAAGCAGCCGCCGCAAUACAUGCUGGACCUUUACAACACCGUGGCCGACGUGGACGGCGUGACCAAGGACCCCUACCUGCUGGAGGGCAACACCGUGCGCAGCUUCUUUGACAAGCUGCAUAGCGAGCAGGUGGAGUUCCGCUUCAACCUGUCCACCGUCGCCAGAACAGAGAAGAUCCUCACGGCUGAGCUCCACCUGUUCAAGCUGCGACCUCAGGCCACGCUGAUGUUCAGCAGACAUCACUUCUGCCAGGUUAGCGUCUACCAGCUGCUGGACACCAUCAAAACCAACAACACGCAAGAGAGGAAGUUGCUGUCUUCUCGACUCAUCCCGGUCCACUCCAACGGUUGGGAGGUGUUUACAAUCACUCAAGCUGUUCGCUCGUGGACGGUGGAUGAGGGCAGCAACCUGGGGCUCCACGUGGUCGUGCGAACCCUGGGGGGGACCCAGAUGGACCUGAAGCUGAUUCGCUUCGCCUCGGGACGCAACCACCACCAGAGCAAGCAGCCCAUGCUGGUGCUGUUCACGGACGACGGACGACGACGGUCCACGACUCUGGAGAGCACAGAUCCGGACAAUACCGAAGUUACGGCCAUUUUGCCCCAAUCCCCCAUGGCCGCCCAGGCACCCCCCCGCAGCGCCCGCUCCCUGGACCAGGCAGCGGCGUGGGCGGACGAGGAGGGCACGUCCAUGCCAUGCAAGCGCCUGCCACUCUACGUCGACUUCGAGGAGAUCGGCUGGUCGGGCUGGAUCGUGUCGCCGCGGGGCUACAACGCCUACUACUGCAAGGGCUCGUGCCCCUUCCCGCUGGGCCAGAACAUGAGGCCCACCAACCACGCGACUGUGCAGUCCAUCAUCAACGCCCUGAAACUGAUCAGGAGCGUCGAGACGCCGUGCUGCGUGCCCGACAAGCUCUUCUCCAUCAACCUGCUCUAUUUCGACGACGACGAGAAUGUGGUACUCAAGCAGUACAACGACAUGGUGGCGGGGAGCUGCGGCUGCCACUGACCGCACUCUUCCCACCCUCGUACCCCUUAUCCUGUGUGGCAUUGUAUUAUAUGUAAAUAGGUAUAAAUUAUAAUAUAUGACAGUAGUGAUGUCCCGUGAAAAAUGUAAAUCUGCAUAUUUUAUGUUUCCGGUUAUAAUUAUAACGUUAGAAUGAAUUGUGUAUACGUCUUCAAAGUGACUCAAUACAUGUACAGGGGGGGCCCUCAAUUUCUGUCAGAAUGGAUGUUUGUCUACCACUAACUCAUGCGGAUGCGUCGUAAACUCAUAAUUACAGUCAAUACUUGUAUGAAAAAAACACUUGAAAGCAAUAAAUAUAAAACGAUCAAUUGAAAAAUA